UUUAUUUUUUAUGUACUUGCAGUUAGAAAUUCAAAGCCAUAAUGCAUAGAGCUAAUACAGCCUUUAAUUUGGCGUUAUCGCCAAUAGCACAUAAAAAUUUUGCAACAUGGCUUUUAAAUGGAGCCAACAAAAAGAUUGCUAAAAAUGCUAUGGCUGCUGCUGCUGUACGUUGUUACAACUCUGCUGCUGCCGAGCCUUUUGCAAAUGGUACCACAGCUUCUUAUGUAGAAGAAAUGUACAAUAAUUGGUUGCGUGAUCCCACCUCUGUGCACACAUCUUGGGAUGCUUAUUUCCGCAAUAACUCUUACUGUGGUCCCCCAAACCUAGCUCCUCAACAAUACAACACUCUACCCGUUUCAGCUUAUGCUGGUAUGGUUAGCGGUGCUGCUCCCGACUCUAAAACUAUUGAUGAUCAUUUAGCUGUUCAAGCUAUUAUCAGAAGUUAUCAGGUAUGUUUUUAGUUAAUUAUCUUGUUU